AUGCCACCAAACAGUGCUCAUGGAAAGCUAGACAGUGAGGAGACGAAUGCCGCGGCGUGGCAGGCUACAAGAGGUGCUGUUACGGGAGCAGCAAGGUGGGGCAUCUACUCAGCAGUCGCGGCCGGCAUUGCGUAUGCUUAUUCACCAGUAUAUCGUGGGCUUACGGUUCAAUUCAAAGUCUUCCUUCAAAUGUCCGGCAUGAUCUUCGGCAGUGUCGUAGAAGCAGAUGAACGCUUGCGUAUCUAUGGUGAGCAGUCACGGCGUCAGAAAGUCAUGGCCCGCGAUGCUGCUGUAUGGAGAAAAUACGAAGAGGAGUUUGAGAGUUUGGGUAUUCCGGGUGUCGCUAGCGAGGCCAGAGCCAAAAGAGAUCAACAGCAGGAGAAAUGA